CCGAUGCACUCUUCUUCUCCAGCUCUCCACUUUCACCUCGACGUCUUCUCCUUUCUCCACACCGACGUCGUCAGCCUGCGGUUCCUCCAACAAGAGCUUCUCUAAUCGCUGGUUACUAUCUGCAACAAUGGCUACUGACAGAAGCAAAAUCAUACCACCACCCGAUCUUGUCGUGCAGAAAUUCACAGAAUCCCGAGCUCCAGAACUCGAGUCUCUCUACUCCACCAUUGCCACAAGGUUAACCAACAAUUUCAAAUCUCAGAGAAACAAAAGGAGAAGAACUACUAGCUAUGACAAUCAAGCUUCCAAAACUAGAUUCAGAAAGAAGCAAAAAUUCGGAGUUUCAAACCAAAAUAAUGAUGUAAAUUCAGAAAAACAAGUUAAAAAAGCUCCACCUCGCCAUAUUCGUCGUAGAAAGGAGCUAAAUGAAAACCCUAAAAAUGGAUUUUGCACUUCAGGCAAUGGGACAAAAAGGCUUAGAACACACGUUUGGUAUGCAAAAAGAUUCACAAUGAUCACACGUUGGGGUUUCCACCUUCCUCUUGGUUUACAUGGCAGGGGAAGAGGUUCAAGAGCUCUCUUGAAGUGGUUGAAAAAUGGAACUGUUGUUCAUGAUGCAAGCUAUUAUUCUGCUGUUCAGUUAGAGGGUUCACAGGAUUCAAUAUUGUCGAUUCUAAGCAUUGUAAUGUCACCUUUUCCUCCUUCAGAUGCUGAAAAUGUAAUCUCUGGUGGUAUUUAUGCUACUUCAAUGCUUCAUCAUUCUGAAACUCCCAAUUCACACACAAUUGCACCUGUUAUUUACAUGUGGAGACCUAAUCAGAAGUCAAUAGAUGAAUCUGAAGAUCAUUUGAAAGUCAACAAGGGUCAAACUUUCAGGCAGUUAUGGAUAUGGAUACAUGCUGCAGCUUUAACUGAAGGCUAUAAUGCUCUGAAAAACGCCUGUGAAAGUCAGGGUAAGGUUAAUGAGGAUGUUGACUCAGUUAAGUGUAUCUCACUUGAAGGGCAAUUUGGUACAUUGGAAGUAAUGGGCUCAAAAGCAUCUCACCUUCUUCACAAGAUACUAAAUCCAGUUAGCAUCAUGUCAUCAAGAAUUACAUCCAUCAUGGAGAAUGAAGAUGAUACAUCAUGUUGUGAAGUAAUUCCUCUUGUAGUCAAUGAUCCUCGUGUGUUGACCAAUAACACUGAGUUUGACUCGAGUUACACUGAGUUAUGGGAUGCUAAUAAAGGGCUGUUUUCUCCAGUUGAAGAAAGUGUUCUUUGUAUGGAGAAACACCAUCAACGCCUCUUGUCCUUUUGUCUCACAAACAAAACUUCAAAUGACAAUAAUACCCCCACAACCAAGAUGGAAUCUUCAAGAUUCUGUCCUAUUAUUCUUUUAAAAAGAAACAACCUUAAGGAUCAUUCAAUCACAAGGUGGACUAUUAUACUUCCUUUGACUUGGGUCAAAGCCUUUUGGAUUCCUCUUAUCUCAAAUGGAGCUCAAGCUAUAGGUUUAAGAGAGAGGUCUUGGGUUUCUUGUGAAGCUGGAAUUCCGAGUUUUCCAUCUGAAUUUCCCGAAUGUGAUCCUUACACUUCUUUAAAGGAAGCCGAAGCUUCCACCAUUGAUGAACAAGCAUCACUUCGUCCUGUUUCCAUGAAACCUUUCGAUAUUCCCAUUUUACCCCCAUGGAAUUGUAUCCAACUCGCAUACGGAUCAAACCCAAACCCUAAUGAACCAAUUCCAUUACAAUCCAACAUGGUUGUUGCCAGGUCAGCAAGAAUGCUGACUGGAUUCUUGAACACUAUAAAUGACAAUCAUCUGCUUCUUUUCCCACAUGAUAAAAUAAAAAACACAUCGAUUUUAUCUAAAAUCAUCAAAGAUGAGAAAAUACUUGAUCAAGUUCCAAACACUUCAACUUUUCUUGAAAAUGGAUCAAGAAAAAAACUAUGUUUUGUUAGAGUUGUUCUUCGUGCGUAUAAAGAAGGUGUGAUUGAAGAUGGGGCUCUUGUUUGUGCACCAAGUAUGGACGAUAUAAAGCUUUGGACCUCAGGGUCAAACAAAAAGGUUGACCUUCAAAUACCUCAGUCAGUAAUGGCAAAUUAUUUUGUGAAAGAAGAUUCUGGAAAGUGGAAGCUUCAAGUUCCUGAAGAUCCUGCAGCCAUGGAGUCUAACAGGUGGCCAAUUGGUUUUGUGACAAGUGGAUUUGUUCGAGGAAGCAAGAAACCAGUGGCAGGGGGUCUGUGUGAUGCGGUUUUGCUUGCUCAUAUUAGACAUGAACAGUGGAGUUGUGUUCCUUUAAAGAAGAGGAAGAAGGAGGUGUAUGUUUUAACAAGAAAUCUUAGAUCUACAUCUUAUAGACUUGCUCUUUUGAGUAUUGUUCUUGAACAACAAGAAGAAGAUUUGGAUCACAUUUGAUUAAAUUUGUUUUUUUGGGGGGGUUUUGUUUAUUAGAUUUGUUUAAAUUUUGUUAUUGUUAUUUGGGUUUUUGGUAGAUGUUAAUGUAGAGUAAUUUGUGUUUCAAUGUGGACUUGAGAACUUGUAGAUUAAAGUUAGUUUAUAUUAUUUUGCGAAAGUAUUAAGAAUUUUGUGAAAUGUAAAUGUAUACUUAUACUUCACAAGA